CCCCUCCUCCUCCUCGGCUUGCACAGAACCUCCCCUUCUGUGUCUGAAUGCUUAUGUUGGCUUUUAUCGCACACAAAGUAAACAGCGUGGCGGCAGGGAUAGUGAGAAAGAGAGGCAGAGAGGGAGCAGUGGCGAUAAAGGUGGAACAUGCACAUUGUCUGCGUACUGCUCGCCUCCCUGCUGCAUCUCCAGUAGAGACACAAAAGACAGCAGGAAAAAAAGGGACAUUUGAAAAGACGAGAGGAAGGCUGAGGGAAGGAAGUGAUCCGAGGAGAGACAGAGAGAGUGAGAGAGUGAGGGGAAGCCAGAGGAAAGAAAGAGAGAAGAGCAAAAGGAUCUCCCUGCUAAAUGCGCAAAGCGUCCCGUCACCACACGCUGAGCUCCAUGGCCAACUCCGGCUGUCUGCUGCUCUCCGGCUCCGGGAUGCUGCCUCACUCGCUCCCGUGUCCCCCUGCGUUCCUCUACCUGACCGAGGGUAACCAAGAGGCCACCAACCCCCCAGAAGCGAUGGCCCAGCCGUACACCCCAGCCCAGUACCCACCUCCCCCACAGAAUGGCAUCCCGGCAGAAUUUGCGGCACCGCACCCACUUCCAACGCAGGACUACAGCGGGCAAAGCCGGGUUCCUGAGCACGCCAUGACCCUGUAUACGCCCACACAGACGCACAGCGAGCCGACCGGCACUGACAACAGCACGCCCACUAUCACCGCCACCACGACCGCACCGACAGAUGACGUGACGCAAACAGAGGGCUCUCAGCAGCUCCAGCUCCAGCACUCAGACUCUUCAGAGAAGCAGCAGCCAAAAAGGUUACAUGUCUCCAACAUUCCCUUCCGCUUCCGGGACCCAGACCUAAGGCAAAUGUUCGGGCAAUUUGGAAAGAUUUUAGAUGUGGAGAUUAUCUUUAAUGAGCGAGGAUCCAAGGGCUUUGGGUUUGUAACUUUUGAAACAAGCACAGAUGCCGAUCGUGCACGGGAGAAACUAAACGGUACUAUCGUAGAGGGACGCAAAAUAGAGGUGAACAAUGCAACCGCACGAGUGAUGACAAACAAAAAGGUGGCCAACCCCUACACAAAUGGCUGGAAGCUGAAUCCAGUAGUAGGAGCUGUCUAUGGUCCUGAACUGUAUGCUGUAACAGGGUUUCCCUACCCUGCCACAGGCGCUACGGUGGCCUACAGGGGUGCCCACUUGCGGGGACGAGGACGGGCUGUGUACAACACAUUCCGCACAGCUCCACCACCUCCACCAAUCCCUGCCUAUGGAGCGGUGGUGUACCAAGAUGGCUUCUAUGGCGCAGAGAUCUAUGGCGGCUAUGCAGCAUACAGAUUUGCCCAACCCACCACCACCGCUGCUUACAGUGACAGCUAUGGCAGAGUCUAUGCAACAGCAGACCCCUAUCACCACACGAUUGGCCCUGCUGCCACGUACAGUGUGGGGACCAUGGCUAGCCUAUACAGAGGAGGGUACAGUCGCUUCACUCCCUACUAAAAGAAAGAAAAAAAGAGAGAAAAGACAGAGAGACAUUGCCCCCAAACAACAAUCAAAUAAAAAAACUAUCUUUAAAAGAAAAAAAAUAAACAAAUAACACAAAACAAGCAAACACCCGGCCCUUGGUGGAGAGCUAAAUCAAACAGAAAGCUUCCAGGUCCACAUGCUGAGCCCCUCCCCUGACACCCUCUCAAGCAGAUAUUUCUACAACAACCUCUUUGAUGUCAUCAUUGGUCUGCUCUUGUUUUGUAUUCAUUUUGUGCUUCUGGUUUUCUUUUGGGAACUUUUAUGCACAUGUGCAUUAUCUUGAUUGCUGUAUAUGGGUGCUGUGUCACCAUAACCAAUGUGAGCCUACUGCAGCACGCAUGAUGCAUGCUCAGAGGUGUGUGUAUGCAGCUGCUGUCGUCUGACUAAGAAAAUACUGGGACGUUUCUGUUACAUACACACAAAACUAGCAGGAAUCCGGUCAAUGCUGAUCAACAUGUCAUCUAAUCCAUAUUCUAACAUGUUAGUUUCUCAUAAUGUAUAGAAAACAUUUGGUCUCAAUGCUGACUAGCAGGCCUGGUAAUUCUUAGUCCAAAGACAGCACUGCUCUGAUUGCUUUGUUUUUCUUUUUAACAUUAGACUGUCCAACUGUUGUGCACUUGCAGUGAAGCCUUACAAGCUGUACAAUGUGGAAUGACAGCAUGCAGUGUUAAGGGUCACGAAGGUCAGAUUUCAGUUUUAGGACUCACAAGGCAGCCCGGGUCUCCUGCAAAUCUCUUUAUAUGCAGCUUUUCUGCAGCACCAGUUGGUUUGGGGUAAACAAAGUGCUGGUAGGGUUGCGUUCAGAGACAACGUUGUAUAAGCACAGCCAAAAGGUAAUAUCGGGAUGAGCAUUUGCUUUUCCCACCGGCUGCCUGAAUUCACAUCUCAUCUCAUGCUCAGUGGUAUUUUUAAUAUUUUAUAGGAGUGAUUGGGAGCGAAUAUGAACCAAAUGAAGCAUGCACUUUAAGCUGCCUAAAACUGCUUUCAGGGCUGCUGUUCUUGUAUUGGACCUUGUUUUGUAAAUGUCUCCUCUCCCAGCUCAAACGAUAACCCCACAAAUACCAGGAUUUUUACACUUCAUAAGGCUAUUCUACAACCACAGAAGGAAUUUCAGGAGUUUGCUCUAAAACCUGUAAACACACCUUAGGUCUAAAAGUAGUUCAUAGUUUUUUAUGCACAAGGAUCCGGUGGCUGGUACAGGCGGCAUUUUGCUGAGGAGCUAAUGUGUAAAGUUUUAGUAAAAAAUGAGGAAACAUAAGAAAAAGUCAUUAGAGACUGUAGUGUGUAAAUUUGAUUUAUUAGAAGAAUGUUGUAAUGGAUUAUUUUAGAUUACUAUAAAGCAAAUAAAUUGGUUAAUCAACAGAGAAAACGCUGAAUGUUGUUUUUUUACACUGAAUUAAAACAGACUGUUUAAUGUGGCAGUCCACAGUUUUCCCCUUUUCGGGAAUUAUGAUCUUUAAUAAAUCUGUGAAAAUGAUUUUGCCAAUAGCGUUAGACAUCAGCUUACAUACAGGUAUCAAUCACAGAGCGUGUGCAUGCUUGUGGAAGUCCGUUGACUGAGUUUGCGACAUUUCUUACAGACAAGUAAAGCCUACUUCACACUGGAAGCAUCAGCAGCUCGGAAUGGCAGUGGAACUUCAGUGCUUCAAAUAAAAUCCUUUAUGGUCUAAAAGGGUUGAUUCAAACUGACAGCAGCACGGAAAUUUCCACACACGUCCCAGAAGCUACAGAUAGGAUCAGGUUCUAUUGUUGCCACAUGCCGCUUCUGGGAAACGUAAUUGUACGCAGUUAACAUAGGGCUAGACAGGAAAGACACAGUUUCAGUGUAAAAUAUCAGGUAAAUUUCAAAAUAAAAGACUAUCGCAGAGAUGCUAUUUCAUAUCUGUGUAAAUUAUGUGAAUACAUGUGAUCUAAUGGCUUAUUUACUCCCAGCAUCUUUUGAGAAGAGCAACAGUGACUACGUUUAUAUGCAGCCAAUAUCCGGGUUAUGAUCGGGUUAAGGUCGGUAUUCAGGUUUCUGAGUUGAUCAGAAUAACCCGUUUACAAGCAUAAAUAGAAAGAGUUACCCCUAACUUGCAUAACCCGAUUUAUAUGCGGACGUUGGGGUAGCGUCAGGACGUAUGGACUACGUCAAGACGCAAUAUGCGUCAUUUCCGGUUCUUCUUGUUCCGGUAUCCGUGAAAACAACAACAUGUUUCCCAGUUCAGAAGAGGUAGCGACCGCGUUUGUUUGCGCUUUAGUUUCCUCGUCACUCCAAAAGUGUGGUGCUGUGCCGCGACUCGCCAUGUUGCUCCCAACUUGUUGUUUACUUCCGGUGUUCUGGCGCAUACAAGACGUCUCGCUACUCAAAAGACCAAGAUUCCUUGCGAACAGAGCAUGCGCAGAACACACGCUUCGAUGGGGAUAUCCCGGUAUGCGUUUACACGACCAAACAUUCGGUUUAGAAAAGGGUUACUCCAGGUGUAGUAACCGGGUUUUUAAAAACCCGGUUAUGAGCAUAUCCGGGUUUUUGGCGGUGUUUACAUGGCCGUGCGGAACCGGGUUAUUGUGAAUAUUCGGGUUUUAAAAGGGUUACUGGCUGCAUGUAAAAGCACUGAGUGUGUUUUCCAUGCUUUAAUCCUGGCAGUGGAGAGAAACAACAUUAUAAUAUCAAUCGUGAUCUCCUUCGUCUUCUUUUUGGUUUCAUGGCGGAUGGCUUAAACAAACUGUGACUUUGAUGUCUCGGGGGAUUUUAUGAUCUUACGAGUCCAGCGAGGAGGGCGGUGGGGAUGCUGCUCCGCGGCUGAUACUCUCCCGGUGUAGAACUAAAUGGUUCUGCUACCGUUCCGCGCCGCUGAUGUUUCCAGUAUGCAGUAGGGGUACGUUUUUACCGACUAGAAGGGCACGUUCACGAAUGAGAGGCUUUCCUUCCAGAUGUUAUCAGAGAAGUAGGGAGAGGGGCUUAGGGUGCCAUACAUUUUUUCACCUCUAGAUGGUGCCCUUUGAGAAAAAAAACUCCAGAUUUCUACUUUAAAGACAUCACCUUAGAUUUCUGAAACUCCUGAUUGAAAACCUCAACAUGUUUUUGGUUCAAUUUCUAUAAAACAACUGUUCAUACUCUCUACAAUGAGUGCAAACAGAUGUAUUUAUCUGUGGUUCCCCAAACCCCAGCUGCAGGUUUUAAAAGAACUGCAUAUGAAGUGAAUUUGCAGCAGACAUGGUCACACAUUCUCACUAACCUGGACUCACCGUAACACCAAAUACGUCUUACAUCGACUCACACUCGCCAUGAUGGCACAGCACGGAGGGCUGUUCCACUAGUCACUGGGAUCUUUUCAUUAAGCAUUGCACAACAAUAUUUUACCUCAGGAUAAACUAACUGAACUUCACAAAGUAGAACACAGAGCUGCUCACUUCUCAGACGGCAGGACAGUUUAGUUUCUAAAACAACCAGCAGAUUUGCAGUCACCUCAAGCUUAUUUAUACAGUUUGUUUAAGUGAAGACCCCAAGAGAGGCUGAUAACAUAAGACUGUACUGUUGUUCUUUACUACAACUGCUGUACUAUAUCGAUAGACAUAUACUGUAUAACACAUUUUACACUGUAUACACACAAAAGUACAGGAAGAUGUUUUAAAAAAAGCACCUGAGCAUUAGAAGAUGCAACGUAGGUAUGUGUAGUAGACAAGCUCACCUCCUAGUCAACAUACAGUCAUUACAUUGGCUUCUAUUUGUGCUACGUGAGUUGAGAUGACCUCUGUGUAGCUACUGUUAGCUGUCAACAUCUUAGUGCAGUUAUGGAAACUCAAAAGCUUUGACCAAUGCUCUUUAUUUUACAUGUACUCACAGACGUGUUUGUGGUAUCAGAAAUGUUUGUUGCACUUUAUUUUUUUCCAACACUUUCUGAAAUGUAACAUAUUUAUGACAAAUCUCAUAUACAGCUAGUCAUGUUUAGUCAAGAUGUUAAAAUGAUAUAGAGUAAUGUUGUAUCUUUAAAAAGAAAACCUCAUUCCAUGAGUCAAGGAGAAUCUUUAUGUGGGUAAUGACGGAAAAAUAAACUUUGUUCUUCCUUUUCUAUGCUAGUGUGUAUGCUCCGCACCAUUUGGAGGUUUUAUAAAAAGCAAAACAAACUUCAAAAGUUAUUUUUAUCAUUUGCUAACGAGAGAGUUUCUCAUAUAAACUCUGCAGCAGAGUCCACGAGUGGGUGUGCAGUUAGUGAUCACCAACAGUAAGAUAGACUGGAAUGAAAUAGAUGUUUUUUUUAUCUGAAUGUGUGUGCCUGUGUGCUAUAUACACACAUACAUGCAUCAUACAUAUAUGUGUAUAUAAAAAUAUAUAAAUAUGCAUUAGAAUGUUUGACUGUUUGAUGGAGAAAGCCGAGGAGGAGAUGCAGUAAGUUAGCGUGCUGCGUUCUGAAGUUAGCCAAGGGUCUUGAUGACUUCACUUAGAGUCCCUGUAAUAACAUCACCGCUCUGCUUGCAAAAUAAUUACAAUAAACUAUUUUCAAGAAACUGUUUCAGCACAGAACACAGUAGUUUUAUUAUAAAUGAAUGUGUCUGUCAAAGUAGUCCUUUAUUUUAGCUUCACGCUCGUUGUUCUUUAUUUACAUUCAGUGCAGAACUUCUAAUUAGGAAUACUCCAUGAAACAUAUAGAGGGAUGAAUAAAACAAUAUAACACAAGAAAGCAAAAAGGUGCCCUCUAAAUGUCAGAUUUGUAACAUAACAUAAAUAAAUAGAAUUUGGUUUCUUUAACGUUGACUUGGACAGUUUAAGAUGCCAUGAAAUUAAUUUUGUAGAACAUUUGCAGGAAAAAACAUCAAGUCCACCAUUGAAAUGUUUCAUUAAAAUGUUAAUUUCUGACCCAAUAAAUCAUCCAUUAAAAUGACUGGAAUAUAAGAUUGUUUGUAGGAAAAUAGAUGCUGGUCACCCUUAUUAAUACCUGGCAUGAUCGUUUAAAGUUGAAGAUUAUACGUUUACGUUCCAAAAAUAUCCCGCGAAUGGCAAAAUCCGCGAAGUAGCCAGCUUUAUUUUUUAUAAUUAUAAAUGUUUUAAGGGUAUUAAACCCCUCACUACACACUAUAAACUUUUCUCAGAUAGGCAUUAAGAUGUUCACACUUUUCUCACUUUCAAUGCGCUGUAAAGAAGAAAAGAAAAAGAAAAAACAUGCAAAAGGUCAGUAUAGUUUUCUGGUGUAUUGUUUUUAGUUUUUCCAUAACUAAUUUACCAAAGUGAGCAGCCUGAACACUUUAUGGGCUGCCUGCAUGUUUUUCCCACAACAAACACCGCUAGAACACCAAAUGCUGACUAUAGCACGGCCGAAGCACCAUGACAACAAUAAAACUACCAGGUGCACCAGCUCUAUGCGUUCGGUUCGGGGCCCACAUUCCACUCGUCUCCUGCCCCUGCGCUGCUACCUCUAACCUUUAGACCAGGAGAGACCCAGGAUGUGUGCUCACCAAGCAAAGACUUUUCAGAUGGUCACAUUUAAUGGUUUUUCCUCUCAGCGGCAGACAUUCUCUCGUUUUACACAUACAUUGUUCAACUGCUACUGGCACAUAUGGUUACCACUAGCUUGUUCAAAUGGUGGCUGGAUCCGGACUCUGAUUGGUUCUUUUCUCGUGUCGUCUCCCAAUUUCUGAUCGGUUCUUUUUUCUGUUUGCCAGUCUUUCACGUUUUCUGAUUAGAUUUGAGUUAAUGUUGAUUUUCGUUAUCACCAUUUUAUUUAUUGGCGAGAAAAAAUAUGUGAAAUAUCGUAGCAGCGAAGGGUGAGCCGCGUUAAAGUGUGGGACUACUGUACUGGUGAACCUGCCGGUAGACAGGAAACAUGCAUUAGUGGAGUAAAAAGAUAAACAGGAAUAAGCCCAAUUCUACAUGUUGGUGGAAUUUCUUCCAGGACUAACCCUAAAUCAUUCAUUUGUUCAGGACCACCAGCUUUAAUGUUACAAAGCUGCCAUCACUUAUUUAUUUGUGCUCAAAUAUCAGGAGCGCGUUACUCCUAACACCCGUCCAGACAUAAAAAACAUGUCAAGAGCUGAACUCGGGCAUUUUACGUAAACAAUAAAAUCUGUUGUUCUGUUAGUUGAGAAGAAACUUAAUUAGUUUUGAGAAUCUCAUCUCUUCAAAGUGUCAUUUUACCCUGUAAAUAAAUUACCGCUUCAAUAACGGUUUAUCCAAAUGAUUUGUAAUUUACGCUGCUGAAAUGGACAUUUUAAUCCAUUAUGGUCAUCACAGUGUGGUGAUACACUAAUUCUCUUCUGGUAAUUACGCCGAAUGCUAAAACACAUUAGCAUAUGCAAUGCAAUUAAGAGAAAAUGGAGAUCUGUUUAUGAAUGUAAGUUAUCCCAACAAACAUCUCACCCAGAGGAAGGCUCAGAACUUUUUUAUUUCUGCCUCUAAAAGCGUGUUGUUACAGGGACGAGUCUGAGUGACGUCAUCAGGAUUUGCUCCCAACAGUCUGCACGGAGAUUUGUCAACAGUUUACAAGAAAAAGUUUAAAUAGCGUUUAUCCGUUUCAGUGUCAGCUUAUCAAGGCUUAAAUGUUAAAGCUGUAUUAUUGAUUAGCAGUCAGUAUUGUAAAGAUUAUUGCCUUUUAUUAUGCUUAAAGUAAGUAAUGUGAAUUCCUCGUACAAAAACCUGAUUUUUUAGGUUUGUUUGCUUUCGUUGUAUUCCAUAACCAGCUUAAUAUGCAACCAGUCCUCUCUUUGAUCCAUAUGUUUACACUGAUUACUAGUAGUGUUGAGAUGUUUACAUAUGAGAAGAAAACACUCUUUAUGCAUCAUUUAUAUUUACAAGUAUUCACUAAGCCCUGAUAAGCUGGCAGGUGAGUUUAUUAUUCCACCUAAAAUAUUUGUAUAAAAAAAAACAAGCAAAAAAGUUGCAGCUCUUGUAAACACAUUUAGAUGUAUACACACACACACACACACACACACACACACACACACACACACACACACACACACACACGACCUACAUCACGAUUCCCUGAGUAACUGUUUUAUAUGUAUUCCUAUAUGAAGUGGGGUUAUAUGUGUAUUUUCAAUUCAGCUGAACGUUUUCCUCGAAUUCUGUCAUUUCUAUGAGAAUAUAUUGUCUGAAAACUGUAAAGUAAUUUUGUUUUGGGUUAAUUUCAUAGGUAAAAUAUUAUGAUCCCUUUUCUUUAUUCUGCAAACAUUUUUGUGGUCAGUAUGUGACAUAAGUAACCUCUGAUUGUUUUCUGAGUGUCAGAAUAAAACAGUUAUAAGAACAUUA